AUGCCUACUUCUACUGCCACGGCGUCCAACACCAGUUCUCGGAGGACUCCUGGGCAGGUCCAGAAGCCUUCUGAAAAUGCUCAGAUUCCGCCACCACCAUCGCCGGACCAGGCUGGUCCCCCAGCAGAUGAACCGGCACCAAAAAGACCUAAGCGGACGCUCAAGCUGACUGCCUCUCAACGAGAGAGGAAAAGAGCCAUCGACCGCGAGGCGCAACGAAGCAUCCGCUUGAAAACCAAAAAUUAUAUUGCCCAUCUCGAGAACUUGGUCCGAAUUAUGGAGAAUGGGGCGUCGUCGGUAAGCCACGGCGAGAGCAGUGAGCAGCCCCUUGGACAGGCAAAACCUGAGGAUGGGCAAGAAAGACUCAGAUCGCUAUUGUCUCAGUUGAGGCAGAGCGAGGACGAGGUUAGACGACUAAGGGAGAUGGUCAAUGGGGUCCAGAAGCUGGUGGCAACGGCUCUGAAUCCAGGCGAGGGCCUGGUCGCACAACAACUCACCGGUGCUAAGGCUUCCGACAGCCAACAAUCCACAUUGAUGGCGACGCCCCUUCGAGGUGUGGUCCAUGAUCACCUCGAGAACAGCGCCUCCGUUUACUCACAUAGUUCGGAUUCAUCCUCGCCAGUGGUCGAACUAGGGUACCAGCCUUUUGAUCACCCGAAAUUUGCCGAGGCACCUGUGCCCAGCUACACCGCCAGGGUAGCAGGUCUUCGAGCCAUCCCUCCGCACCAUGCCGAUCGACUUGACAGUCUUGGAAGGUUAGUUCCUCCUGGCACAAUACUGGAACGGCCGACGUCAGAGCCCUUCGACAUUCUGAAGGACAGAGUCGAAGGUGAAUUGUUCUUCCUCUCGGAACGGGAAAUAAAUCGGGUCUUGGGAGGCGGCCACCAAUCCUUCGCGAACCAGAAUCUUGACGAAGAUAUCGCCAUCCGGGCAGUAUUACAUGGUUGGCGCGAUGUGCAGGACCUGUAUCUUCUGGACAGAGGCUGGCAGGCACUCAAGAGCAUUGACCAAUUCAUCUUCCGCGAAUGUGGCGUUGUAGAGAGAAUCGCCAUUCUCCACAUGAUGCGGCUGAAGCUGCUCCAUCAGAGCAACAUGUAUCCGCAGUUUCUGGCUCCGCUGCCUCCAUUCUUCCAGAGAGGGUCGACGGAAGACCCGGACAUCUUGGAGAAGACGCCUGUCAUCGAGCAUUUUGUUUGGCCCGGUCUACGAGUUGGUCUGUGCAAUAAUAAGAGGAGGUAUAUCAACAACAAGUUCUCGGAUUCUUUCAGACGAUCACUAAAAUUUCUAUGGCCGUACAAAGUAUCGGAUGUUUAUGAGAGAGAUCCUGUCACCCAGCUAUAUACCGUCAUGCCGGAAUUCAAACGCCGCGAAUGGGAUCUCCGUGUGUGGACGAUGAGAAGGGAUUUCUUUGCAGAUGCAAGUGAACUGGUAGGGGCGAUACCGAUGUAUGAGGCGCCAUUAGAUCGACCCCUGAUCCCAGCCGCACCAGCACUUAUGCAACCAGGCUUGUUUGCAGGACAUGCGUCCCGGCGGAUGCUUCAGAAAGCACCUGUUGGGGACACGAGCAAGCUACAAGCCACUGAGCCACAGAUAGAGUCGCCGCAUGCACCUGUCCAUGCUCACUCAUCUCACCACAUCGGCGGCCUGUCAUCAGUCACGACGACGACCAACAUACCUGUGGCGCAGAUUCCACAUGCCGCAGAGGUUGAAGCUUGGCUAGGGGAUCCUGAUCUGGUGCCGCAGUAUUGGAAUAUGGGGCAGGACAUGAAUGGGAACUAUGAGGCUGUGUCUCCUCAGUGGCCAAGUGGUCCACGAGGAUUCGGAAAUUGA